AUGUCUACAGAUACCAAGCGCAAGGCUACCGAGGAGCCUACCUCUCCCUCAUCGGCGAAGCGAAUCAAACAUAGCGACUCGAACGAGGAGAAUGAGGACACCAAGAAGCCAAAAAUCCCCGCUAUUCCCUUCCCAGAAAAGGCCGCCGUUAUCGAAGAACGCGAUGGCGAAAUCGAAUUCCGUGUGGUCAACAACGAUGGCGAACGCGAAAGUCUGAUCAUUCUCACCGGUCUCAAGUGCAUCUUCCAGAAACAAUUACCCAAGAUGCCCAAAGACUACAUCGCCCGCCUUGUCUACGACCGGACCCAUUUGUCGAUCGCCAUCGUCAAAAAGCCGCUCGAGGUAGUGGGUGGCAUCACAUACCGACCAUUCAAGGGCCGCCAGUUCGCCGAAAUCGUCUUUUGCGCCAUUUCUUCCGAUCAGCAGGUCAAGGGCUACGGUGCUCAUCUCAUGUCACAUUUGAAGGACUAUGUCAAGGCUACCUCGGACGUUAUGCACUUCCUCACCUAUGCCGACAACUAUGCCAUUGGCUACUUCAAGAAACAAGGCUUCACAAAGGAAAUCACACUCGACAAGUCAGUAUGGAUGGGCUACAUCAAGGAUUAUGAAGGCGGCACUAUCAUGCAGUGCAGCAUGCUUCCACGAGUACGCUACCUCGAGAUGGGCCGCAUGCUCCUCAAGCAGAAGGAGUGUGUUCAGGCCAAGAUCCGUGCCUACAGCAAAUCCCACAUUGUCCACCAGCCCCCCAAGCAGUGGAAAAACGGCGUAACACCCAUCGAUCCUCUUUCAGUCGAAGCCAUCCGCGCUUCAGGAUGGAGCCCAGAUAUGGACGAGCUCGCCCGUCAGCCACGCCACGGGCCAAAUUACAACCAGCUGCUGCACCUCCUCAAUGAUUUACAGAAUCAUGCCAGUAGUUGGCCCUUCCUGGUACCCGUUAACAAGGACGAGGUACAUGACUACUACGAUGUCAUCAAAGAGCCUAUGGACUUGAGUACAAUGGAGGACAAGCUUGAGAAAGAUCAAUACAACACGCCCGAGGAUUUCAUCAAGGACGCCAAGCUCAUAUUCGACAACUGCCGAAAGUACAACAACGAGAACACCCCAUAUGCAAAGUGCGCCAACAAGCUCGAGAAGUACAUGUGGCAGCAAAUUAAGGCGAUUCCCGAGUGGUCACACCUCGAGCCUUAG